GAGGGGACAAUCUUCAACAUUUUUGACUGAUGAUGAUGUUUAUGGUCUUCAAUGUAGUCGCUGCGUGUGUGAAUAGUUUACUAUCGAGAUUCUGAACGGGGGACACCUCAUUGAACAACUAUCUCAUAAAGAUGCUAACAAGAAAAACAACAAGAAAAACUCGUCGUUCGUUUCACUACAAAAAUUAACAAAGAACGAACAGUGCUCGCGCACCGUGAAUAUCAGUGAGCGUGUACACAUAAAAUGCGCGGAUAACGACGUCGUAGAUCACAGCUGUCGUCGAUUUGCGCAAAGCGCAAAGCACAUCGGAAUCCGACCGGUGACGGAGAAACGCGCUACAGGAAAAUGCUGAUCGCCAGUGCGUCCAACAAUCAGACGAUCGCUCCAUCGUCAUCCGUGAAAUUACGAAGAUCCCGCCGAUUGUCGUCCACCCGAGGGUUGAAGCAGCGAACGAUCGCAAAUCCCCCGACCCAUCCUCUUGCUUGCCAACAUGUCGAUCAGAGGCUCGGUCUUAUGGCGAGCAAGAAUACCGGCGAACACAACACUGCUGAUAGACUGCUGAUAAACUGGGAGGUGAACGAAAGGAUCAGCCUGAGCAGCGGCUCCAGCGUAGGACUGGCGGUGCGUCCCGACACCAAGAGGGGCAUCGAGUUCAGCGAGAAUCGCCGGAGGGUGGUCGACAGCAGGUCGAAGAGCAGCGAGUGUUCGGAAGCGAGUCGCGCAGCCAAGUUCUCGUCGUCGUCGUCGUCGGCCAAGCCGCAGUUGCAGCUGAUGAACGUAUCCGGGUUUCCAGCAAACGUCGAUAGGAAGCAUCGCGGUUCCUGGUCGAUCGAGACCGACACGACGGAUGAGAACGUAAUCAAGAGCGACUCCAAGUACGAAAUCGGUAUUCCCAGUCGGAGCUUCGCGACGAGGAAGCAGAGGCAGCAGCAGCAGGACACGCUCAGGAAGGUGAACGACGACACGACGAGGAGAUGGACGAAGAACAAGUCCGGCGACUCCAUCUCGAAACGGCUGGAGCUGAUCCACGAGCUGAAUCAGAAGAUCCUGGCUAACUACGAGAAGUUUCAACAGAGAUCGAAGCGCGCCAAGGACGCGAAGGAGCAGGCCGUGAAGAGCCGCGCCAAGGAAACUGACAAACAAGGAACUGAAGGAACUGAACACAUCUACUCGGAAAUCAAGAGAAAGGGCAAAACGACGUGUAGAACGAGCGACCGAAAGAGUCAGAAGAUCCCUAGACAGGAUACUCUUAAACAGAAUGUAUCUAGGAGGGAUUCUCCAAAACAGGACCUCUCCGGGCAGAUUGAUAUCGGUAAAUUUACCUUCUCAAAGAAGGUAAACCACCGCGAGAGGAUCAGCAGUAAAGACGGAUCAGAGAAAAAGGAGUCGUCGAGAGUCAUAGAUAAGCCCGAUCGGCGGGUCCUUUGUGAGAAUGCGAAUUUUAGCCUGGCGAUUAAGGACGAUUUUCGCUACGAAGCGGACGACGAGAACACGCGGUCGUCGACGAGCGCGAAAUCGAAGGAGAAGAAAGGACGACGGUCCGAGGGAAGUUCGAUUUUCUACACGAACGAAGACCCGCCGCCGUCGAGCGAGAUAAAAUCUGCCUCGUCCGAAAAUUGUUUGGAGAACUCGAGAUUGUAUCCCGAGAACCGCUGCAAUCCUGGCAACGAUCGGCCGAGGCUGGACGACGGAAGCGCGAAGGUAAAUGCAAGGGAUCACGCGUCGGAGAUUGAUCGGUCCGAUCCGCGAGAAGAUGCCGGAUCACGCGCCGAGCCGGCCGACGCUGUCGUCCUGGACGAGAAAAUCCUGGAGUGCAGAAUCCUCGAGAACCUGGACGAGACGAUCGACAAAUUCGAUAACGAAAGGACGCAGCUGACAUCGGGGGAUAGCAACGACGAGAAGGACAGCUUUAGCACGGAUUCUAUACAGAGUCGCAGCCCGUCGAGCGCCAAAGGCUCCAAGGAUGCUAACCUCUUGGAUACCUUCAAUUCCUCCUGGGACUCCGGAGUCGGCGUGGACGUUAGUAACGGAAGCGGGUGGGUGAGGAUACACACGGGGAUCGAGAGCAGUCUCGUAUAUCUUACCUUGGACACCACAGCCAAGGACGUCUGCAGAGACAUGCUGCUGGGAGACGACUUGUCUCUGUUUGUCCAGUAUGGCGGCGAGCCAGGCAGGAGGUUAGCGCCCCAGGAGAAGCCGCUGGAGAUUCAAGAUCAAUUUCUUCAAAGGCUCGGCUACCAGGAAGUGUCCCGGCGCGCGCGUCUAGGAGUCGAUCCCGAACUCAGACAUCUCGUCAGCUUUCACGUAGGACCCGCAUCGCCGCUGCCGGAUCUCGCGGGAUACAGCCGUUGCGGCUACACCCUGGUAUUAAAGGGGUUGGUUUUUCCCCAGUGGAAGCGACGACCUCUGGCCGUCAUCGGUUCCAGGCUCUUCCUUUAUCCGGCUUGCCCGGAAUCGCGAGCGGAAUGGAUGGAACUGGGCGGCGGAGGUGGCGCAGUGUGCUAUGCGCCGUCACGUCUGGGCAAACUCGUUUUGCGUGUCACUGGGUUUCCCAGGGUUACUCAACAGUGCCAUAUGAGCCAACACCCGGAGGAGAGUCACCAUCGCGAAACCAGGCACCUGUAUCUGGGUUUUCAUCAUCCCUGGGAUCGAGAUCUCUGGAAGAGCUGGAUCAAAGAGGCCACGCAGUUGUCGUCAUGCCCGAAAAAGUUGGACCUGAGCAAAGGCGGCCUGUCGAGGAUCCCUGACAGCGUGAUCGCCUUCCCGGCGAUAGAAGAGCUCGCAUUGGGACACAACCAGCUCACCAACGUCGAUAAUAAUCUGAAACUUCUGCACAGGUUCCCGAAACUUCGUGCCGUCCAUCUGGAGAGCAACGAUCUCCGGAAGAUCCCGCGGGAGCUGCUGGAGCUGCCGGCGCUGACCUAUCUUAAUCUCUCGGACAACAAGAUCGAGAUAAUUCCGCCUGACAUCUGCCAACUGGUCAACCUGAAAGAGCUGAUCCUUGACCGUAAUGGCAUCAAGGACCUGCCGGAGGAAGUGACACGACUGAGAAAUCUGAGAAAUAUUUCUCUCGUCGGAAAUCUACUCAGCAUCGCGCCAUCCUUCUUCAAUAUGCGAGCUCUCGCUUUGACGGAAGUUUUAUCGAAAGGAGAUCACGGCAAGUCCUACAAGGAUGAGAAAGCCAGCCAUAGUAACUUGCACAAGAUCAACCUGAGGAACAAUCAACUGAAGGGAAACAUAAUUCUGGGAAAUUAUGGCAACUUGACGCAUCUAGAUGUCAGCGAAAAUAGCAUUGAAAAGUUGGACAUCAGCGCUUUGCAAGAGCUGAGAAGUGUCCGCUGCGCACGAAAUCAUCUGACCGAAUUAACUCUUUGCGGCCGAAAUCUCGUGUCACUCAUCGCUGGAAACAAUAAACUGAAGAAGUUAAUCGUGGAACCCGUGCCAAUUAAUCUGGAGCAUCUGGACGUUUCCUACAACAAUUUAGACGCGCUGCCUGAAUGGAUGACCGAAUUGCCAGCGUUGCGUGUCCUCUUCGCAUCGCACAACACCCUGACGGCCCUUCCGGACCGGUUAUUAUCACAACCAUCGAGACUGGAAGUUCUUCAUUUGCCUCACAAUCGAUUGCAAGCCCUACCACCGCCCAGAAGACCGCUGAAUAUCGUGCAUUUAACUCUUCAGGGCAAUAUGCUGACCACGUUACCUACCAGCUUCUUCGCGAACACCGAGAAGAUGAAAGUUCUGAAUCUCUCCAACAAUCGGCUCUCUGAGCUUCCGUUUCGCGAGGAAGCCGGCAGAACUCACCAGGGAUUGCAUACCUUGGAGAAAUUGUACGUCACGGCAAACUGCCUGACCGAUACCGCCCUGGACGCUCUGGCGAAGUUCACGUCUUUGAGAGUUCUUCAUAUCGCUUAUAACACCCUAGACACGCUCCCAGAGAGUUGUAUCGCCGCAUGGGGCGAUCUGGAAGAAUUAGUGCUGUCCGGCAACCGGCUGCAGUACCUUCCGGACAACGUGGCCAAUUUGCGACACUUGCGCGUACUACGCGUGCAUUCUAAUCGGCUCUUAACGUGUCCCACUUUCAACAAAACGGCAUCCUUGAAGGUGCUGGAUUUAGCACACAACCAAUUAGACAGAGUAAAUCUGGCUACCUUGGUGCCACCGCAGCUUCAGUUUCUCGACAUAUCUUGUAACUCACGAUUGCACGUGGAUCCCCGACAGUUUCAAGUAUACAGAUCACAAAGGCCCAUAUCUUUGGUGGAUGUGUCUGGACAAAACAGGCCUAGUCUACCGUCCCAUCCGCAUCAGCAAGAAAUCGUCGCAGCAGAAAAGAAUAACGAGCAACCUUGGCGAUUAGGCUUUUCAGAAACUGCCGGCUCACGCGAGAAGCUAUACAUCUCCCAAGUAAGAAUGCCAUCUUUCUGCAACGUGGAAGGUCUGUUCGGCAUAUUCGACGGCGGCUCCAAUCAAGAAGCACCUAGCGCUCUUCAAGAGAUGAUUCCCCGUCUUCUAUUGGAGGAGCGCACAGUCAGGGAGACGUCAAAAGAAUAUCUAAAGUAUACCUUGUUAUCGGCGCAUAGAGAGCUAAAAGAGAAGGGGCAAAAAUACGGUAUAGACGCAACUCUGGUGCAUGUGAUGAAAUUACCGUCGCAACAGGGAUAUCCGAAAUCCUCGACCAGGUACUCCCUAAAAGUGGCGUCCUCCGGCGAUGCUAAGGCUGUUUUAUGCAGAGCUGCUGGCCCUUUGACUCUCGCGUCACCCAAGAAAUCUCAAUCGGUCAAGAAUCAAUUAGGUAACGCCGCUAUGUUCCCACUGGUGGUUCCUGAUCCAGUGUUCGAGGAAGUGAUUCUCGAAGACGAUGACGAGUUCGUCAUAGUCGCCAAUCGAAGGUUGUGGGAAGUUCUGAACGUCCAAGAGGCCGUGAGGGAAGCCAGAGCCGAGGCUAGUCCUGUCCUAGCAGCCAAGAGGCUUCAGGACUUAGCACAGGCUUACGGUGCGGAAGACAACCUGAGCAUCGUCGUCGUCAGAUUGGCCGGACCCAGUCCGGGCGACAUGGAUCAACUUAUGCGAGAACUCAGGCACGCGGUCGGCAAGAACAGAGGCCAAACCGAUGGCGUGUGUCCUUGUCCUUGUUGCGUGCCGGCAGCGGUGCACAAACCGCCGGGGGCCUGCUGUUGUCACGCGAGCGAAGGCUAUUAUCUUAAUGGCGUGUUGAAGAAUAUAGUGAGCAGAUCCAACAAGGUUCACAGUGGUUCCGGAAGGUACUUCAAGAAUUCGAGACCGACGCAGGAGAAUGAAAGUCCUCCGUAUAGAGAUGAUCGCAGCUCGCCGAGUGGCCAGUCCGACCAAGCCAGCGACAGCACGUUCAAAUCUCGUCACCCGUCGGGAAGGAUGUGGUCCGCAAGUGCGGCUUCCCGAGCGACGAGCAAGGCGCAUCAGAGCGUUCUCAUGCAAGAGAAUGGCACGAGAAAAGUAACUCCCUGCCUGCCCACGCAGGAGGACGCCGUGUCGGAAAGAUCGGGCGCUCUCAGCGAGGAGCAGUUUCGCUGUUGGGAGUAUAUGCUUGAGCAGAAUACCCAACUGCUGUUCGACAAGGAGUUGGACACAUUGACGAAGGCACCGUUACACCGAGGCCAGUCGAGAUCGACGCCGCAAUUAGGCGGCAAUUUGCCUUUUCUGUCGAAAAAGUUCGGCAGCGCCAGGUCCUUCAACCCUUCGCUGCCGCGGCCGCCGGUCGUUCGCUUUGGCAGCGGACGAAGAUUGUUGAAUGGUGGACCAAACGCUGCGUACUUCGGCAGUCUUCAGAGGCUGAUGCCGUACAAUCUCGAGUACGACUUCGCCGUCAUUCAAGAGCGAAGUGGCAUGGAUUCGUUGGAGCAGGACGCCACGAGGAUGCAGCAGUAUUGGGGUGUUGCUACCACCGAAUUGUAGAUUAAGAUAUGAUAACAUGGAAAUGCACGAUAGAAGGCUUGAGUGACUCCUUGAGAGAAUUCCUCAGCGAAUUUGAAAAUAUUCCACCGCGUCGUUGUAAGUGAGAUAAGAUUUAUUUAAAGUUCGGCUCCACUUUCAAGGAAAAGAGAAAACAUACAUAAUAUUUUCUAUCGUGGUCACCGUAUUUAAAUUACGGAGUAAUAAUAAUGAAAACUCAACAAACAAAACGGUUCGUUAAAUUAUAUCGCGAUAUUCCAAUUAACGUGAAUUUAUUUUUGACGUUGUAUUUCAUUAAUCGAAGCGGUUUAUCCCGGGGAGAUUUAACGGGGCACAAAGUAAUUGCAGCUUUGUAGUUUAAUUAUCGUCAAAAUGCGAUAGAACAAUUAUUAAAAUAUAUACGAAGACGGAGCGAAAAGCUUUGUCGUCAACAAACGCGCGCACAUACUCCUGUUAGCGAUAUCGAUCGCGCUGAUAACAAUGGCAUGAUGCGAGAUAAGCUAUGACAUUCUUCGAACCUACUGCAAUGAGAGACGACGGGAUUUACGCUGGCGCUUCGUAAUUCGCUCGUUUAUUACAACUGAUUCACAGGCAAUAAAGAGACCGUGCCAGCCACGACGCGCCUUUACGAUACGAAAGCUCGCUUUAUUUCUUUAUAACGGUUAAUACACGGGGGAGGUUUCGCUUUAUUGCGGAGCGACUUUACGACAGUGACUCCGCGGGGAAUAGGAGAAGUGAGUGACAGAUUGAAGAAAAUUUACUUGUAAGCCGUUGACGUCCCAGGGAUUGAUCCGCACAUUUCAAGUUCUGUCACAUCUUUCUUUCGUUAACGUACAAUCGCUCAAGAAUUCUGCACUUCUGCUUUACUCGGAAAAAUUCAGAGUUCGGGAAAGAAAUAUACAUUCGCGAGAGAUUGAAAAGAAAAGAACAGAAAGAGAAAUGUGCGUUCGUAUACUUUCUCCGUUCCUUUUACUGCUUCGACUACUCGCGUGGACCUUCCUUUAUUUCUCUUUACCUUGCAAGUUGCAAUCAUUCAAUUUGAUGGCCCGUAUUUUCGCCGCACACUCAACGCUAAAUAUCGUCGCUUCCUAUUUUUCUUUUUUUCUUCUUGACAAGUUUACGAUUAUGUUGUACAUACAAAUUUAUUACGAGUAAGUAUGGCUUAGUGUAUCUGUGGUAGCGUGAUAGAGCAACCUACGAUAGUUUAUCGACAAUGCCAAGAAGCACGUGAUAUUAUUGACGCAACGCGCGAAGCGAUCUCGUGCUUUCAGCGUUACGUAUUGCGUGUACACAUCACAUGCUGAUAUUUUGGUUCGAGAUAUAUACGGUGCCUCCGACGAAUCACGCCUUCGUUGGCGAGAUUAGUUCGAAUUCAAAGGGAUCUCGAAAUUUAAUAUUGUUAUGUGACACAAUUGGACGAGUUAAAAUCACCAACGAUCAGCACUCGUGCAUAAAGAUUCGCAUUUCCUCGCGGAAAUGCGGUUAGUCGGGGACACCGCAUAUUUAUGAGAGAGAUUAAGUCGCGUUGCAAAGAUAAUCAAAGAGCACGCUUCCGAAGUGACUUGGUUGUUCUUUGCAUUCUGCCCCCACCAUUUGCGGCGCAUGCCUCUCACUCCUCCGUUUGCUCGGAAUUGUGCUCCUCGAUUAUUACGAAGAGGAUCGUGCGAGGAAAUUAUUUUUUUAUAAAUACGGAGGUAUUUUUGUAUUCCGAUAUAAUAGUGUAGAAUAUGCCCGGGAAGGAGAAUCGCACUUUACAACGACCGAUAUUAAUAUUAAAACAGCAGAGCUCGACAGAACUGAUACCCCUUCAAUGCAAAUCGAUAUUUAACGUGAUUUUUGCAAAAAAAAAAAGAAUCGUUUCAAGUAUUGGAUGUUACUGUUGGCACAUCGCAUUCUCCGACGCAUCGCGUAGGAAAAAUUGUACCUGAGACUGGGCCAAAUAAAUCGUCAGAGCGAACCGUUGUUAGCAACGGGCCGCGCGAAUUAACAAUGGCAUAUUCAACAAUUAAUGAAAAUAUUCAGCACUUUUGUAUACGCGUGCUUGAAAGUUUUCUCGGGUGAGAAAUUUCAAGUGUGCGAAAUCUCUGCGUGCGAAUUAAAGGUAACAUGUUGAUCUCACGGUCUGAUUUACUUGACUAUCAUCCUCCUCGCUAGCUUGCGAUCUGCUUUUCUUCGUGAUGUAUAUACUAAGGCACAUUUAAUUAAUUACGAUUCUGAAGAAUCAGGUCAGAUCAAAUCGCGAGAAAGUGCGACAAAUUACUGAAGAUUGAGAGUAAAAGUUCGUAUAUCCUCCGUUAAUAAUUCCUUGAAUUCACGUUUGAUAUCAAACAUGCUAUUAUUCAUUAAAUUCUAAUCCGACUUCCUGUCAGUCGUCCUGUCAACACAAUCGCAUAAUCACUUCCUUCCGCGGUUCGGCCGUCCAAGCGAAUUCAGCAGACGACGUUGCGUUUCGACACGCUAACGUUCGUUCGUCGUCUGCCCUCCUGCCGGCUAAUUUCUUUGCUCCGGCCUUGAAAACUGUUAUCUUAUUUGUAAUGAGUUAUUAACACCGAUAUCGCUCUGAAUUUUUCUGCUUGAGAUGCGACGAGAGACCAGACGGAACUUGGGUUAAAAAAUAAGACCUGCUCUUACAUAAGCCGCUUUGAAAAAAUGUGUAAAACGUCGAUAAGAAGAACAGGAUAUUACGCUCGAGGAAAGAAUUCUCGUAUCUGCUUCUUCUUGGAUAUUUAAGCGCACGUUCAAUCAGCUCAGUUGGGGAUUCGAUGAGUUAGCAAAAAGUUAAGAUUAAAAGGAGAUAAACAUGUAACAAAAUUCUGCUCCGAUUAAUUUUGCGAGCGCGAACAGAAAUUUUCGAUAAAGAUUGAACAUUGAUGAAGAAAUGAAUCGAAAGACGACUGGACAUUAAUAGUCGGGAACUAGGAACGAAAAAGUCUAACAUAGCGAAUCUAUUUUUAUAAAAUUCCGACUCGCCAUGGCGCAUGUUUUAACAAACGACGGCAUUCGUCUCGAAUUUGCCUGACACCGAUCAAAAAUCCAUAGCAUAAGUCUGACGCCGCGAAAUAAAUACAUCGUUCUGAAUCGCACGUGAUGAGGAAUAAUCUGACUGAAUCAGCACGUGCUUUUUCCCUCCCACGAGUCUACCAAAUAAAUGCGAUAAGCAGUUUCUUUAUCGACUUCUAGGGAUCUGUCAGUUAUUCGCUGCUAUCGACACGUGUCAAAUUAUGCAUGAUUAAUUGUGGAACUGUAUCUUCACGACAUUUUUUACGUUAUUGAAUAAGUUCUUUCCAGGGAC